AUGCAGAAAAUCAGGAACAUUUUGAUAGACAGGGUCAAAAAUGCAACUCAUGAGAACUUUCCCUCGAUUGUUCGAAAAGCUAUACACGAAGGUGUUGUAAAACCCGAAGACUUGCGCUACUUUGCUGAUAGAACCCGUGACUUUUUAGACAAACUUACCAUUCCUCAAAUCACUUCUCUUCUUCACUCAUUUUCCCUUCCAAUUUAUCGCAAUUUUGAGUUAUUUACUAAUCUAACCAAUAGGCUCCAUGUAUUGCUAAGUGAUUCUAUACCCUCGGUAGAAGAUAACAUCAAAAUCAUAAAUUCCUGUGGAAGACUACGUUAUACUUGUUCACAUGUCUUAGAUAUACUGGUAAAGCAUUUGGAAGGUGAUAUGGAUCUAAUAAAACCUAGGUCAAUGACCGCAAUUUUACACUCUCUAACUCGCCUAAAAUAUCACGAUCUAAAGUUUUUGGAAAAACUGGCUGUGUGUAUGCUAUCUGGGCUUCCACAGCUAACUGAAGUCGAAUUUGCAAACUUUUCUAUCGCUGUAUCAAAGGUGUAUGUGCAAAUAAACAAUCAAGGAGAAUCAGAUGCGGAAAAAACUCCCAGUGUCGAGCAAGGGGAAAUCAUACUUUCAGCAAUAGUUACAGAAAUAUUGAACAGAGCACCUUUGAUGUCUCCAAUGGACUCGUUGAGGCAUAUAAUUGCACUUUCCAAUCUCAAGAAUGUGCAUGGAGAGAAAAACUUAAGUACAUGUGUAACUGAAUUAGCCAAGCGGAUAAAUUGUGCGGUGUUAUAUUAUGAGCAUUUGGUGCUUCUUUUAGAGUGCCUAGUUUCUCUUAAUGUCUACCUUCCGUCAUUUUUAUUUCCUUCAUUGAUACCAAGCAUUCUAGACAAGAGAGAUGAUCCGAAAAUAGCAAGUAAUAUAACUUUGCAGAUUGAACUGAGACUCCUGGAUUCAAUAACAACAUUUCCCAGCAUAAACGAGUCGUGUAAUAUUCUAGUGGAAAACAUCUCAACAAACAUUUUAAAUCUCCUGGAGGAAUCACCACAACUGAUAAAAUAUGUAUUUGAAAUAUUCAACAAAAUGCAAUUAGACACAGACGAUUUGUUGCAACAACUAGAGUCACUCUUGGAAAACAAACCAAAGUUUGGAAACUUUUUGGACAAAGAUGCCAAAAUUCACAUUUCAACGUCGAUCUCUAAAUCAAGUCAACAAUGGCCCAUAAUUUCAGACCUUUUAGACAAGAAUAACAUGCAAUAA